UUCCUGUGUGCAAUCACCGCGGUGUGGUUUUCCCUUUCCCCUGUGCCGCUGAUCCCAAUUGUUGUUCGCUUGCUGUUGCGUCUGUUCAAGCUUAGUUCACUGUUUGAUCACUUCCCUGUUAUCUAGACGGGAACACGCGAGCAGAUCUUUUUCUCGCCUGAAUUAACUACAAUCUCGCUUUUUGCCCUUCAACCAUCAUCACGACCAGCAUCUACUUCCAUCAAUACCGUUGAGAUCGACCGCAGUCAUGUCGGACGGCGAUGCCUACGUGCCGACAGAGGUCACCGCUGUCGUAGACCAACCAUCGCAGAACAAUGAGAAGCGCCCCGAGCACAGCCUGGAGAUUCCUCUCGAGCAAGAGACGACAAAUGUCCCGGGCUCAAGGAUGGCCCCUCCGGUGGCCCUCAGCCGGAGGCACACGCUGAAUAUCGAGGACUACUUCGCCGGUCCUCGUGACAUGUCCAAGCACUCCAAAUGGCCUCUCUUCAUGCAGAUGCACGGCAGCAUCAUGCCCAAGAUGAUUGUGCCUCUGAUCUGGAUGAGCCUCUGGAGUACGUUCAUCACUCUCAUCCACGAAAAGGUUCACAAAAUUGGUGUCAACUCCAUCCUCUUGACGGUUCUUGGUUUCGUCGUCUCCACGGGUCUCAGCUUCCGAGGUUCCACGGCAUAUGAACGCUAUGCCGAAGGUCGACGUUUCUUCGCCUCCCUGGUUACAUCAUCGCAGACCCUUGGACGAAUCUUCUGGAUUCACGCCAAGACCCUGCCGGACGUUGAUAUGCGCAAGCAGGUGCUCUGCAAGAUCAGCGCCAUGAACCUGGUGGUUGCUUUUGCCAUUUCCCUCAAGCACAGCCUGCGCUUCGAGCCCUACACCUCGUAUGCGGACAUUGAGCACCUCGUUGGUCAUCUCGAUACCUUUGCAAAGACUGCCACCGCCACCAUGCCUAUCAAUGGCGGUGUUGGAAGGCAUAGCCUCUUCAAGUCUGUUGGCGACUACCUGGGCCUCUCCUUCGCCGCCAGCAACCCUCGCAAGCUGCUCAAGAGAGCGGAGAAGCCCGUGGGCAACCUGCCGCUCGAAAUCGUCAACCAUCUUGCCGUUACCAUUGACAACAUGAUUGCUCGAGGCCAACUUCCCGUGCCCAUGCAGCAGACCAUGGCCUACAACAACCUUUCUGCCCUCAACGAUGCCUAUACUGGAUGCCAACGUGUCUUGACCACCCCUCUCCCCAUCGCCUACGGAAUUCUGUUUCAGCAAAUCACAUGGCUCUACGUCAUCUUGCUUCCAUUCCAGAUGGUCAACGUGCUCGACUACAUCACCAUUCCUGCCACGACUGUCGCUUCGUACAUCAUUCUCGGCCUGCUCUUCAUUGGCCAGGAAAUCGAGAACCCCUUUGGACACGACGUCAACGAUCUUCCCUUGGACAGCUACUGCGAGCAGAUUGCCGCUGACAUGGACAUUAUUGCCUCGCACAGCACCUUCCAGUCCGAUGACUUCUUCUUCCACCCCGAGAACACUCCCCUGUAUCCCUACAGCACUGCCUCUGCCGAUACCUGGAUGGAGCGAAGCGAGUCCAAGCUGCAAGAGGCCAUCAAGGCCAAGCCUAGGAAGAUGUUUGAGUGGAAGCGAUGGAGGGGAGACCAGCUCGGAGACGAGGAAAACGUAAAGGCUGAUUAAACGCGCUUUGUUGUUUUCACUCGAGAUGUAGGAGGCGUGGAGAAGAUGAAGAUGAAGUGUUUGCUUUAUGGGUGUACAAGACUGAAGAUGAGGAAAGUGACGAGGCUAUUUGAAAGCAGUGUCUUUGCCUCUCAUCACAUCACAACACUCGCUUGCAAGAGCAAAACAAAAAAAGAACCAGACUGACAUCUAUUUUGAGAGAUUUGUUUUCUUAUUCUUUUUCAAGACUGAUUGUUUUUCUUUUUCAACGUUGGGUUUUUUAUAUCAAGCAUUUUACAUAUACAGGGUUUUUGUGUCUUUCAAAAGGAAAACUAUAUCACGGUAGCACGGCGUCAUGCACAACUUUUUGUUUUUACGUUUUCAGCUCACGUAAUGGGGAUUGGAAGGGAGGAAAACUGGAUAUUUAUUUUUCUUCUUUCACUCGUUACAUGGUUAUUUAAUCAUAUCAUAUAUAUAUAUUCUAGAAAAUCUUUACUUUUUUCUCUCUCAUAUUAUGCGUUGCCUGUCCUCAAUCCUUUAUGCUUGUGUUGUAGUAGUAAAUUAGUGUGAGCUUGCGGCUAGUGUUUACAGCG